GGCGUAACGACUAUCAUGAAAAAAGCCAAUCGAACGACUUCAGCACAGACGCACGCAGUACGUACGUAGCAGAGGAGAAUAGUACAUUAGUUGUCACUGGCCCCUGUCCCUCCCUCCGCCAAGGAAGCCCCCACCUAUUGUAGUAGCGUUGCUUUCCGUGGUCAGCUGCCUGUUUGAUGAUGAUGAUGAUGCAACAGGGGGGUUGCAGACUGUGCGUACGGGGCAUUGGAUGGGCAUCUGCAGCUGGCUGCCGUAGAACAGGGCGUUGAAUUCUAUGCGGUAGUCGACGUCAAAAUACAGCUGGGUCGUCACGGGGGAGGGAUCCGCAUCCGUGUCACACUGCAACACCUGCACGCAUCAAUCACACAGGCACUCAUUGAUGUGUGGCUUAAUGCUCUGGUGGGUGGGCUCACUAGAGCUGGGGAGUCACCCAAGCCAUGUGUUGCCUGCAUGAGGAGGCCAACACCACAGGAAGACAGACAUGACAGACAAACAGACAGACUGGCAGACAGCUGCACGAAUGUCUCGUGUCCAUCUGUGUCUCGCCCUCGCCCACCUUCAGGAAAAGUGACCGGUCGUCGUUGAUAUGCAGGGGGAAUUCUUCCGUACGUGGCUCGAGGCACCACGUAUCGUUGCACAUGUCGAUGCCCGGGUCGAAGAAGCCGCAGAUGAGUGGAUCUGGCUCUAUAUGUAGGAAGGCGCUGUAUGGGGCGAAGGGCCGUCUCCGCUCCCCGCCUGCUGAGCCGUAGACGGUCAGAUCAGCUGGGCACUCCACACUGAUGCGCGGCAUAGGUCGGGGGUCUGGGUCUGACUGCAGGUCGCUCGGCAGUGGCGGGCUGCGCAGUGGCGGGCUGGGCGUAGAAGACGGCGGCGACUCGGUGGGCCAGUCGGCUUCACACACACAUGCAGGCAGUGAGGUAGCCAGGCAGGUGAUGGGUGUGUGAUCAGAUGGAGUAGGCCGAUAGGUCAUUGAUGAAUACCUGUUUGGCAGUUGGUGAUUAGUGUGCACACGAUGUUGCCCGCGUAUGGGUCGGUGCUUCCGUUGAUGUUUGUCACCUCCGCGGUCAGAUAGAAUCGGAAAUUAGUCUCGACGAGGCCCAGCUUGUCAGCUUCACACGUGAGGGUCAAGUAGGACGGGGACACAUCAUCCGCCUUCAUACACAGACAGAGAAAUGCACACACACACACACAUGAGCGACGCGGGGGUGGAAUGGUUGUCGGACAUCACAUCACAUCACAUCACUUGCCUCGGUGAAGCUGAGUCGUCUGUCCAUGCUGUCGACGUAGAAGAUGAGCGGCUCCUUGCAGUCCGCGUCGCCGAGAGCGCAGAGCUUGAAGCCAGUGACCUUGACGUCCGUCACCGUCUCAUCGACAUGAACCCAGUCGGUGCCCGGGAACAUGGGCUGGCUAUUUGUGAUGCUCUUUCCCGAGAGCAGCAGCGCCACUGUCUCGGGGCACUUGACGCUGAAAACUGCACACACACAGCCCCACUCAAGGGAGUGCACUCCCCCUCUCUGGGUGCACGCGUGUGUCUGCCUACGAUCAUCGGACGGCCGCGAUGUGUUGCCUACACACAUGCAGAUACACGCACAGAGAGAAGGAUUGGAGUAAUUCUGUGAGCGUCGUUCGUCUGACCAACCUGUCUGCAGUUGGUCGCCCUCAUCGACAUUCGGAUUAUCAAGCACUCCAGCGGUGACAACCCUUGCACUGCCCUGCGGCAUCAUUCUGAAGUCGGCCAAUCCCGUGGAGGGAUCAACGGCAUUGGUCCCGUGUACUUUCGGCCCGCCCUCGCCGCCAUCCCGCUGCACAGUGAAGUUGGGGUACCUGGGCACCACGAACUCGACUGACAGGACUGGGACGUCGCCGCGAUGCACUUGAGCAGGGACGACCCCUGAUUCCCUAUUGAGAACGGGAAGGCGAUAUGAGUAGGUCCCAUUGGGGUGGGGCACCACAGUAUCCACAACCUCCAUAGACGUCUCUCGUAUGAUGUUGACGCUGUAGCUGUUGACAGCCGACUCACUCUCCUCCCACAACCCAUUGGAGUUGCUGCACGAAAGAGAACGGAAGGAAGGAAGACAGCGGUACGAACUUUGAACACUCAUGAGGUCUGCGUCUGUACGUGUCGAGAAAGACCGCGCCGACGAUCCAAGCCUCUCCCUCUCUCGGAACGGCUGCAGCAGAGUCUAGUGGGCCGGACUCGAACAGCGGCUGCCCACCUGCAGAAACGGACAGAUACAGAGAACCAUCAUGUUGAUGUCCUUCACCUUUCGUCACCCUCAGUGAGAGUCCCACCGGCUUGUCGUACGUGUAGACAAACAAGAACUACGAGAAGUACUCGAAAGGAGAGGCGAGAGGCCAUCUGCCACGAGUCGGCUGACCAACGGCACAGUGACUGUUGGUGUAUUAUUUCAGUUUCGAUCCGUCGGUAUUGUUUCAGUUUCGAUCCGCCACUCCCUUUUUUGAACGCCAUUCGUGCAAGCCCCCUUUCUCUCUGCUUCCCCCUCCUCACUGUUCCAACGAGAAAGGCCUUAGAAAAUGGAGAAGAAGCACGAACAGCAGAUCUCACAGCAGACCCCCAUUCAGCAAACACAGAGGGCAAAAGGCGACCAUUGCAAGAAGCGGGUGACAUCUUGCGCAGAGAUGAAAUGACGGACCCCAUCCACACCUCAAGGCUCUUAAAUUAUUGGUCCUUUUUGGCUAUCGGCGCUGCUCAUCUCCUGU